GUGAAAGAAACUCAAUUAUUGUUGAUAACGGAUCUGGAAUGUGUAAGGCUGGGAUUGCCGGGGAGGAAUCACCCCGCGCUGUUUUCCCUUCAAUUGUUGGAACCCCAAGCAUAAAGUAAGACAAAAAUACUGAUAUCCAGGGAGUUAUGGUUGGAAUGGGACAGAAGGAUAGCUAUGUCGGAGACGAAGCACAGGCCAAGCGAGGAAUGUUGACCCUCAAAUAUCCAAUUGAGCACGGAAUUGUGACCAACUGGGAUGAUAUGGAGAAGAUCUGGCAUCAUACCUUUUACAAUGAACUCAGAGUAGCCCCAGAGGAACAGGAAGUUCUUCUCACCGAGGCUCCUCUUAAUCCAAAAGCUAAUCGUGAAAAAAUGACUCAAAUCAUGUUUGAAACCUUCAAUUUCCCCGGGAUGUACGUGGCCAUUCAGGCUGUUCUGUCUCUCUACGCCUCUGGAAGAACAACUGGAGUUGUCUUGGACUCUGGAGAUGGCGUGAGCCACACAGUACCAAUCUAUGAAGGAUACGCUUUGCCUCAUGCAAUUCAGAGGAUUGACUUGGCUGGACGUGAUAUCACCAGGCAUAUGUGCACAAUUCUUACCGAAAGAGGACAAUCUUACACUACUUCCGCUGAACAAGAAAUUGUCCGUGAUAUGAAAGAAAAACUCGCAUAUGUUGCUCUCGAUUUCGAUAAGGAGAUGGCUGAGUUCAAGACAUCUUCCUCGGGAGAGAAAUCAUACGAACUUCCUGACGGACAGGUUGUCACCCUCGGAAAUGAGCGCUUCCGUGGUCCAGAGGCGUUGUUCCAGCCUUCGCUGAUCGGAAUGGAGGGACAAGGAGUUGUAGAAUCUCUCUACAGCACCAUAAUGAACUCUGACAUUGAUAUCCGAAAGGAUCUCUACUCCAACGUAGUCCUUUCGGGUGGAAGCACCUUGUACCCAGGAAUGGCCGCCAGAGUGACUAAAGACCUCAUUAGCCUGGCUCCAUCCAGCAUUAAGAUCAAAGUUAUUGCUCCUCCAGAAAGGAAGUACUCAGUGUGGAUUGGUGGAUCUAUUUUGGCUUCUCUUUCCACCUUCCAGCAGAUGUGGAUCUCCAAGGCCGAAUAUGAUGAAUGUGGACCUGCCAUCGUUCACAGAAAAUGCUUUUAAGCUUUAU